AUGUCUCGUAACAGUCUCUUGCCAAUCCUCUGUUUUGCCCUCGCCCUUAGCUUUGGCUUUGUCUCUUCACAAAGUUGUGGAAAAGUGUUUUUCAGUCGAAAUGGUACUUACGAUGUAAACCGUCGUCUCGUUCUCUCAACUCUUGCUUCCAACGUCAGUUCUCGAAACGGCUUCUACAACGUCUCCGUAGGACAAGGCUCUGGAAGGAUCUAUGCUUUAGGCCUUUGUAUCCCAGAGACUGAUCCAAAUCUCUGUUCCGCUUGUAUCCAAGCUGCAUCCGACAGUUUAUCACGAAACUGUCCGGACCAAACCGACUCAUGGGAAUGGAAAGCCGGCAGGACGCUUUGUUUCGUUCGUUACUCUAACGGGUUGUUUUUCGAUCAGAUCGAAUUAGAGCCGUCACAAGCAAUUUACACAUCUUCUGGUAGGUUCCAAGGGAACAUUACAGCUUAUACCAACAUAUGGGACGCAUUCAUAAGCUCUAUGAUCAGCCGAGCCGGUCAAACUCGAUACCUAGCCGAUGUAUCGCCUCGGACAGGUAACGAUAGUUUUAUAUACUCGGUGAUGCAAUGUAUUCCAGGGAUAUCCUCUGAGGAAUGUGAAACUUGUCUUCGAGGAAGUGUCCGUGAUUACCAGAGUUGCUGCAAUGGGUUCAUAGGAGGAACCGUACGUAAGCCGGUCUGCUUUUUCCGGUGGGAUGGUUCUGAAUAUUCUGGUGCCUUCGGUGACACGCUACCGCUGCCUCCUCAAAUAUCUCAACCCACGCCAGAAGAUGGAAAAAAGAUUUCUACUGAAUCUAUUGUUGCUAUUGUUGUUUCUGCUGUUAUAUUCAUGGUGCUGCUAACUUUAGGAUUAGUUGCUUGGAAGAGAUGUAAAUCAUACAAAACAUUAAAACCUCAAACUGAUGAUGACAUGACAUGUCCACAGUCUUUGCAAUUUGAUUAUACGACAAUUGAAGCGGCAACAGAUAACUUUUCGGGGUAUAACAAGCUAGGUCAAGGGGGAUUUGGUGCAGUUUACAAGGGCAAGUUACCAGAUGAGACAGAUAUUGCGGUAAAGAGGUUAUCAAGAAGUUCAGAACAGGGCACAACAGAGUUCAAGAACGAGGUUGUGAUUGUGGCCAAGCUUCAACACAAGAAUCUUGUUAAAAUUCUUGGAUUUUGCGUGGAAGGAGAUGAACAAAUACUUGUCUACGAGUUUGUUCCCAACAAGAGCCUUGAUUAUUUCCUCUUUGACCCAACAAAGAAAAGUCAGCUAGACUGGAAAAGACGGUACAACAUUAUAGGAGGGAUUACGAGAGGGAUUCUCUAUCUUCAUCAAGACUCAAGGCUAACAAUUAUACACCGUGACAUCAAAGCAAGUAACAUUCUUUUAGAUGCUGAUAUGAACCCUAAAAUAGCGGAUUUUGGAAUGGCUAGAAAUUUCAGAGUCGACCAAACUGAAGACAGGACAAGAAGAGUGGUUGGAACCUUCGGUUACAUGCCUCCAGAGUAUGUGACACAUGGCCAGUUCUCUACCAAAUCUGAUGUCUAUAGCUUUGGAGUAUUGAUGCUAGAGAUUGUUUGUGGCAAGAAGAAUAGCAGCUUUAAUGAGAUAGAUGAUUCUGUUGGCAAUUUAGUGACAUAUGUAUGGAGGCUUUGGAACAAUGAUUCCCCCUUAGAACUCGUCGACCCCACGAUUAGGGCAAGCUUUGAGAAGGACGAGGUCAUUAGAUGCAUCCAUAUUGGACUAUUAUGUGUUCAAGAAACUCCUGUAGAUCGUCCAGCUAUGUCUACAAUCUUUCAGAUGCUUACCAAUAGCUACAUUAUUCUACCUUUACCUCGAUCACCUGGAUUUUUGUUCAAGAACAGACCUAAUUUGGACCCUUUAAACUAUGGAUCCGAGCUCGGAAAAUUUAGCAGCAACUGUUCCAUUGAUAAUGAAUCGAUAACUAGAGUCACUCCACGUUGA